GCAAUUAUCAAACACGAAGAAAUUUUCUAUGGAACGCGAAAUGGCCCAUUGAAGUCCGUUGUGAUCGAAUAUGAGAAUAAUAUUGUUGAAAUAAUAAAAUUGUAUUUGCUGUUCGUCGGCCAUGUGUCUCCAUUUUUUUUUUUUAGAUUAGAGAACGAUCGUUUUCGGGUACAAUACUGACCUGGUCUGCGGUGAAAAUGAGUCUUACAGACCAAUUGUUUCCGGUCAAUCACAAAACUACGUUUGUGGUGGACCACACGCCUUAUUUUGGACUAGCCAGUAAUGCGCAUAUCAAAAUGGAUUUCACCAAACGGCCUCCCAACACUGUGCCGCCAUCGCCCAUAUUCAAGUCCAUGUGGACGUGCAGCAUCGAAGCUGUACUUGAGUAUUGCCGCAUCGUCUGGGAUUUGUUUCCUGAGGGCAAGCUUAUACGUGUCAUCAGCAGCGAUUCACAGUCUCGCAUCCUUAACAGUUGGGCGUCUAGUCAACAGAAUGUUAACCAUAUGCUCCAUCAUUUGUCGCUCAUUGGGCCACCUGCCAAACUUCUGCCAAAUCCAAAUAGAGACUACAGUGUUGUGUACGGUUUUCGCACUGCUGCAGAAACUAUGACUGAAUGUACUACAGCUCAGAUGGAUCAGGAUUCCAAAAAGAAUAACAUUGAAGUUCAAAACAAGUGCAGAACAAUAAUCAUUACGUCAGCUAGAGACAACCCAUCAAUUGACAAUCUUAUGUCUAUGUUUCAUAAUGAACUGAUCAAAGUCAAUAAAUAUAUAUCACAACCAAGUUUCAAAACUGUUCAUCAAUGUCAUUUGGUUAUCGUCAAUACAUAUCCAGAUUCUAUAACUUGUGAAGUUACUGAUCGUCCGAUUCAUACUAUAUCACCAAUUCUAGAUUUAGAAGUGCAUUCAGUUCCAGCAUCAAAGAUUGGUAUUAAAAUAUCUAAUCUUUUACUAAAACAUUAUAAUCUAGCUAGUACAACAGUUACUGGAAUUCCAAUGAAAGAAGAACAAAAUGCAAGUUCAUCUGCAAAUUAUGAUGUAGAAAUAUAUCAUGCUGCCACGGCACAUACAACAAUUUUAAAUGCAAACGUAGCUGAUGCUAAAGCAGUGGUUGCGAAAAAAGAAGGAGCUGAUUACGAGACAAUUAAAUUAAAAUGGUGUACACCAAGGGCAAAUAAUAACUUGCCAGAUAUUCAUAGUUGUACAACAUUACAUAGAAUUACUCCAGUUGAUAUAAAUAGCCGACCUAGUGCAUGUUUGAUAACAUUUUUACUGAAUGGUCGAUCUGUUUUACUUGAAAUGAUUAAACAAGGUGGUGGCAAAAGCAUGUCGCAUGUCUUAAAAUCUUAUAAUGGUGAAAUUUACAUCCAUUCUGUAUCAUCAGGCCGUACAGUUCUCGAAGAUCCUCCAGCGAUUAGUGAAGGGCCAGGAGGUAAAGUAUCUCAGUACAGAGUAGCAGAUUUUGGUAAUUUUAUGAAAUUAAAUUUACUACAACCAUCAAAAAGAAAAACAACUGAAGAUAAAAACUGUAUUGAUGAUGCAAAAGAAAAAUUGAAAAAGCAAACAGCUUAUUGGCCACUUAUAACUUCAUCUACUAUGAUAUUUAACUUGAAACAGUACACAGAACCAAUGUUGUCUUUAAUGGUUAAAGAUAAUAUUACUGAUCAAGAAUUAAUGAAUUGCAAACAAUGCAUUUAUGCUUUAAUGACAGCUGAAUCAAAGAAUGAACACCUUAUUAUACCCAACUUGAUAAACCCACGGAAAAUGAUGAAAAAGGAUGACCAGUAUAAAACUAUGUGGACAGAGUUAGAAACAUUCUUGAAAUCAAACUUAUACACAGAGAAUCACUGUAAGGUGUUACAAUGUUUAUUUGAGUGUCUUGGUAAACCUGACGAAGAGAAAAUCAUUGAAAAAACUUUAACGCGCUUCAAGAAAUCUUUAGCCAACCGACCAAGUGUAAUACGUGCUACCACCGAUUCACCAAUGUCUCCCCCUUUAACUCAACAGGCAGGAAUAAAACAUAUAGCACAAAAUAACAAUUCUGAUAUUGAUCCAAAUAGUGUGAUGUAUUUACAAAUUAUUCAAGAAAAUGACAGUCGUAAAGUCAACAACCAACCCUCACGACCUCAGUUUGCUGGCAGAUUAAAAUCUGUUCAAUUAAGAAGUGGCAAUUUAUUUGCUAAACUCUACCAACAUAUAGAUGAUGAUACUGAUGCUAAGAGUGUUAAAUAACAUUUUAAAUGAUUAUUGAAUUCUAUUUAAUUUUGGUCUUCUGUGUAAUUUA